AUGCAUAUUACCUAGAAGGAGAAACAGCCCUACAAGAGAGUGUGACAUAGCCAGCCUGGAGUACCCAGACCUGUGACCCAGCUCUGACUUUGAACUUCUCUGUGACCUUGAGGAACUCCCUUCCCCUUUCUUGGCCUCAGUGGCUUCAUAAUGAGCUGUGACAGACUGGGGUUUUCCUUGAAGUUGUGGAAAGGAGCAAGUGAGGAAAAGCUCACAUUAAUGAUCUUUUUUCUGUUCUUAGAUGAGUUAACUGAGAGCCAGCCGGGGAAAUCCACAUGGGUCAAGUCACUCAGUGGCAGAGCCAGUUCUGGAAUCCCCUGCUCCAUGGGUCCCAGAGCAGACUGUGCCCACCACGCAGAGCAAGUCAGCAAGUCCACCCAACCAGAGAGAGCCCUCUGCCCUGGUGAUUCCAGGGUGGUCGUGGCCUACACCCCAUCACACCUGGCUCCACGCCAGCUAUUAGAGGGCUCGUUUAAGGUUUACUUUUCUGCUCUUCCGAAAAGAUUUUUAUUAUCUUCAUUUUCACAGAGUGGAAAAACUGUUUUGGCCAACUUCCUGACAGAAUCCUCUGACAUCACUGAAUAUAACCCAACCCAAGGAGUGAGGAUCCUGGAAUUUGAGAACCCACACGUUACCAGCAACAACAAAGGCACAGCAUGCGAAUUUGAGCUAUGGGAUUGUGGUGGCGAUCCAAAGUUUGAGUCUUGUUGGCCAGCCCUGAUGAAGGACUCUCAUGGAGUGGUGAUCAUUUUCAACGCUGACAUCCCAAGCCACCUGAAGGAAAUCGAGAUGUGGUAUUCCUGCUUUGUUCAGCAGCAGUUCUUACAGGAUACUCAGUGUCUGUUAAUUGCACACCACAAACCAGGCUCUGGAAGUGAUAAAGGAAACCUGUCUUUGUCACCACCCUUGAACAAGCUGAAGCUGGUGCACUCGAAUCUUGAGGAUGACCCGGAAGAGAUCCGGAUGGAAUUCAUAAAGUAUUUAAAAAGCAUAAUCAACUCAGUGUCUGAGAGCAGAGACCGAGAGGAGAUGUCAAUUAUUACCUAACUAGCCUUCAUUUGGACUCUUCCACAUCCCAAGUGAGGUCAACUUCUUUCCCAAUGCAGAUCUGAAAUCUUGCCCAGCUAUUGAUAUUUUCUUCUCCCUAUGGCUCUAGAAGAAAUUUUCCUUAUCUGCUCAAAGGUACCAGUUACCCGAGGAGUUGAAUCAUUCCAUGUUCUCUGUCUUAACCUAGCUCUGUAUUUCCCUUGGAGCAAUGCUUUGGUAUUUACUAUUCCAGUGUUCGUGGUGACUUUAUAGAACAUAAUGACCAUGAAUAAUGAGAAUCCACUGUAUUUCCCUCUCUUGCAAUGUGAAGUUUUCAGGUUAUUUCUGUCUCUAAUAAAUAAUUAAUUCAAGAUUACAA